AUGGUGGUUCGCAGAAGAGUUGAUGACGCGCUUGACGACCUCAAGUCGAGGCGUGAAGAAGGACGCUCCGGCGGUGGAACCCGGCGCAUUGAGGCGCAGCACCGGCGCGGCAAGCUGACGGCGCGUGAGCGCAUCGAUCUACUCUUCGACCAAGGCAGUUUUGAGGAACUGGACCCUUUCGCUCUUCACCGAGCUACCGAGUUCGGCUUGGCAGACCAAAGAACUCUGGGCGACGCGGUUGUAACCGGCUACGGCAAGGUGAACGGUCGCCUGACCUUCGUGUACUCGCAGGACUUCACAGUGCUUGGCGGCUCUCUAUCCGAAGUAGUCGGCAAGAAGAUAUGCAAGGCAAUGGACCUGGCGGCGAACAGCGGCGCGCCGAUGGUCGGCCUCAUUGACUCCGGCGGCGCGCGCAUCCAGGAAGGCGUCCUCAGCCUCGCCGGUUACGCAGACAUCUUCCUUCGCAAUGUGCGCUCAUCGGGCGUCAUACCUCAAAUAUCUGUCAUCCUCGGUCCAGCCGCCGGAGGCGCGACCUACUCCCCUGCUCUUACGGACUUCAUAUUCAUGGUCAAGGGCACCGGGCAGAUGUACAUCACUGGCCCCGACGUAAUCAAGGCAGUCACCGGCGAAGUUGUCACGCACGAGCAGCUAGGCGGCGCGGACAGCCACGCAUCCCGCAGCGGCGUUGCCCACUAUUCCCUCGACUCAGAAGAGACCUGCCUUGGAGAAGUGCGGCGUCUGCUGGGCUUCCUGCCGCAAAACAACAUGGAAGACCCGCCUCGCUACGAUGCUUUCGACGACCCGACGCGCAGCGAUGAUGAACUCCUGUAUAUCAUUCCGGAUAACGCGAAUGCGCACUACGACAUGACGCAGAUCAUCGGGCACGUAGUAGAUGACGGCGACUUCAUGCAGGUGCAUGAGGCAUUCGCUCGCAACGUGAUUGUGGGAUUCGCCCGAAUGGACGGCAGGAGCGUGGGCGUCGUCGCGCAGCAGCCUUCCCACCUCGCGGGAGUGCUGGACAUAAACGCCUCCGAUAAGGCAGCUCGCUUCGUGCGCUUCUGCGACGCGUUCAACAUACCGCUAGUAACAUUCAUCGACGUGCCGGGAUUCCUGCCGGGCGCAGAUCAGGAGUAUGGCGGCAUCAUCCGGCACGGCGCAAAGCUCAUCUACGCCUACGCGGAGGCAAGUGUGCCCAAGAUAAGCGUACUCACCCGCAAGGCGUAUGGCGGCGCGUACAUCGUGAUGAGUAGCAAGGGAUUGCUGGGAGACAUCAACUACGCCUGGCCCACCGCCGAGAUAGCAGUAAUGGGACCUGAAGGCGCGGUCAACAUCAUCUACCGCGACGAGAUUUCUUCCGCCGACGAUCCGGACGCAAUCCGCAAUCAGUUGGUACAGGAUUACGCCGAUAGGUUGGUAAACCCAUACAUAGCCGCCUCGCACGGCUUGAUUGACGAUGUUAUCGACCCCGCCGACACCAGGAGCAAGAUUAUCAGCGCGCUGGAAAUGCUGGAGAACAAGCGCGAAGAACUCCGAAACGCAAGCAUGGGAGUAUUCCACUCUGAUGUCUGCCUCCCCACACAGCCUUGA